AUGGCGCAGAAUGUGCGCUUCACAAGAAACAGAUUGUUCGUUGGCUAUCGGGCAAGUGAUUGGACCGAAGUCUUCUACGAUCUGAGACUCCCGGAGGAAGAGGACAACGGCGGCAACCACACUGAGUCGUACAAAAAGAAGCGCAAGGCUGCAGCCGACGAAGUCUUCUACACCUCGACAGAAGACUGGCAUGUCUCCGAGGCCCCCAAACGUGGUGAGAUAGUCUGGGAGCCCUUCUACAACCCGGCAACCUUCGAGGCAUCAGACAUGCGCACCAAAAAUGAGCUGCAACGGUUGUUCCUUCAGCAUGCCUACAACUACCUCGCCGAGAAGAACCCACAGGUAGCUGCCGGAAUGGAGCGGGACAUGAGUAACCGUCAUUUCAGGCGCUGGGACGUGUGGUUUCAUCAGGCAAAGAAGUUCAAGAAAGCCAAAAUGCAGCAGCGCAAAUACCGAGAGACCAAGAAACAGAAGAGGUUGGCGGCGGGUUACCCUGCCAAAGACGCGGAUUCUAGUGAUUCCGACUCUGAUUCUGCCUACGAUACUGACGAGAAUCGCGAGUCUACUCCACCGCAACGAGCUAUGGGACCGCCUGCCCGACCGGCCGCACAGCAGAAGCGACCAGCUGCGAAUGUGAGUGGUCGUUAUGGAGUGAAGAGGCGGCGGGCUGAAAGUUUCAACAUGACUGGGACUCGCGGGAGCUCCAACAACAGCUUGUUCGACUUCCGUGCACCGCCAGGCACGUCACCCGUCGUCCUCGAUGGCCGCGAUGACUUCUCGAAUCGUACACCACCGCCGACCAACCCGCAAAACAGGGCAGCCGCUCGUCAAGCAAGGCAGCCAUUCGUAGAAGACGGCACGCCAGACGUCCCUGGAACCUGGGGCUUUGGCAAUGUCAACGGUAAUGGCAACGGCAAUACCACAAGGGGUAGGAGGAGAGAAAACAACGAUGAGGUGAGGCAGUCCAACGUUCAUGAGAUCAACGGGAUGGGUCUUUCAGAGGAGGAUGCUUUUGAGCGGGCGGUGAGGGAGAGCACGGUGCAGACGGAAGGGAGGGGCGGUGUGGUGCCGAGUAUUGAGCGUGACGGUUAUGAAAAUGGGCAUGAGAACGGGCAUGAGAACGGAGAUGGAGCUGAGGGUGGUGAAGGGGAGCAUGAGUGA